AUGAGCGUCUUCCACCUCUUUCUGCUCGUCUCCUCGGCGUAUCUCACAUCGUCAGCCGUGAUGGUCAAUCCAAGCGCCCAGAGUCCAACGGGGUACGAGGUGACCUUUACCUACGUCAACGAACAUGCCCGCAACGUACUGAUGGGAGGAGACAUCUACUCCUUCACCGACCAGUGGCACACAACUCCCCAGUAUAACGCCGGCUUCGACCUGCACGGCUAUAAACCCGGCGAUUUCCUGGCUCCUGUUGACCCCAACUUCGGCCCCGGUAGCAAAAAUCCGGGGUACCAAAUGAUCAAGAAAGAGCACGGCAUGUGGACUUACACAACCUACUUCCCGUCUGGCACAUUUACGUACAACUUCAUGCCCGACUGCGACUUUGCCCCGAAUUGCAGCGCCGCCGGCCAGGUGGUUAUCGAUCCGGACAACCCUCCAAUACAGAACUACCCCGGCCAGCAGAACUACUCCAUCUUCCAGGUGUCAUUUGACUCCCGCCAUCAGAGCUACGCAGCUUUCGAUCUCGACUUCUCCUACCAGCUACCCAUAACCUCCAAAUCUCUUACCGGUACCCUCUUCUUCGUCAACUACACCUCCCCGGGGUCACCCGUCCCCGCCCCAAACAUCAACGACUACGCCAUCUACCUGCCCGCAGAGUACGGCCACAUCCGCGGCAAAAAAUAUCCCCUCUUCUAUCUCUGCCAUGGCGGCAGCGGCAACAGUGCCGACUGGCCGAACCGAGCGCGGGUGCAGUACAUCCUUGACCGGCUUAUCGCGGAGGGACACAUCCCGCCCACAGUGGUGGUGAUGCCCUCGUGGAACGCGUACAUAGGCGUCAGCUUUGUAUCUAUCAGGGAGGACUUCAUGGCAUAUCUGUUCCCGCACAUCGAGCAAACCUGGGAAGUCACCACGGGCUCAGACCAGAGGGCCUUCGCGGGCCUAUCUCUGGGUAGUGCGCUGACCUACGAGAUGUACAUCAAUGCGACGAGCUACUUUGGCUACUUCGGGGUCAUGUCAGGGGCGCUGCUGCCUGGGGCGCCGCAGAGCGAUUACGUCAAUGCGACGAUGUUGAAGGCGAAUCCGGCGCUGGGAGAUAGGGGAAUUUACGUGGGGUUUGGGUUGUAUGAUAUUGCGUUUCCUGACACUAGGCAGUUGCAGUAUGCGUUUGACGCGCUGCACAUACCGUAUGUCACGAGGGUGGUGCCAUGGGGGGCGCACUAUUUUAAUACUUGGCAGGAUGCGCUGUGGAACUUUGGAAGGAUUGUGCUGUGGAAGAAGAGGCCGCUCACAGUCGAGGCCGGACAUGGGGUGGCGUAA